AUGACCGUACCGGUCUCCGACAUCAUCGCUCUGGGUAAGAAGUCGGAGAACAUUCCCAUGGGAGUAUUGGCUCCAGAACAAAGAAAGAGGAAGAGUCGGUACCUAAGAGGGACCAGGCCACUAAUAUUGCCCGAUACCCCGCAGACCCGCAAUUCCCUCUCCCGAACGUUUGAGGGGGCACUCUUCGUCGGACAAUUAGUCUGGCUCGACAGCUCCAAGGUGGCGUAUGAAGAUGCGGAUGUUGUUGCCUUGACUACCGAGGAGGUGGCCAACUAUAGGAUUCCUGAUGAUGACGGAGGUCACAGCAAUGGGAUGGCAAGGACUCCUCUCAAUGACUCCGUCUCGACCGCUGAUAUGGAUAGUGGUAUGUCGCAUACGGGUACGACUCCCAACACACCGCGACAGCACAGUAGAGGGCCUACAGAUCCGCCUGGCAUUGAUGAGAAGUACUGGGAGCUGCAGUAUGGACGGAAACAUAACGAACAAUAUUACAUUGCUAGUCAUCGGAUCAACUUGGAAAAAGCAAAAGCACGAGUGAAGAACAUUCGCUUUGUGAAGAUCGGACGAGACCGUCCGCUGUAUACGUGGUUUUUCUCUCCAUACCCUGCCGAGAUCGUCGAUCGACUGCGUUUACGGGCUGGUGACACGCGGAACGAUCCUGUCACACAGUUGGACAUAUGCGAUCGUUGUUUCCGGCCAUUUGCUGAUGAGAUGGAAAUGUAUUCUCAUAUGGUCACCUGUUGCGAAAUUAACCCACCAGGCGCUCUUAUAUGGCGAAAAGUGUUGGAUGAGAAAGUGUUGGGUGUGGUGGAAGUAGAUGGGCAGGCGCAUCCAGAGUACUGUGAGAAUCUGGUCCUGUUCACGAAACUCUUCCUCGAGGGUAAGAGCCUUUCCGAACACCAAAGUAAUCGGCGUGAUUUGGUGAAGUCCUUCUGGUUCUACAUCCUGGUAGAGUGGGACCAUCCAGAAGAGAUUCCCCCAUCGCCGACGUCCAUGCCGGUCUCGACGAGGCCGCCGCACUUUGUAGGAUACUUCUCGAAGGAAAAAGUCGACAAGCAGUUUUCGCAUAUCCUUUCGUGUAUCAUGGUGUUGCCGACGUUUCAACGUCAUGGCUAUGGCAAGUUCCUCGUCAACCUGGCCUUCGAGCUUAGCAAUCGCGAAAACAGACACGGNNNNAACCCGUUUUACGUGAAGUAG